ACGUAACGUUAGUUCGUCGUACGGAUCAAAAAAACCCGAACGCGCGCGGGAACGUUUCGUCGACACACGGGUCACGAGAAAAAGUCGUCAUCGUGACGACGGCGAGGCUAAAGCUUCCGUACCACCGCCUCAUCAAGCACCAGGUCAGGAAGAAAAAAGAAAAAAGGAAAAUAAGCAUCUCGUCCGCCAGCGACCACAAACGUUUCUUCCGGACAGCACGCGACUAGCGAACUACCAGACACGUGCGCCGACCGCCGACGAGAUGAUAGUAUGCGAGCAUCACUUCUCCUGCUGCUGGCCUGCUGCGAUAGCCCCUGGCCGCCCGCGGACCGCCACCCGCACGACACGAGCCCCUGGCAUGACGCUGGUCGGCGCCGUGGUGUGGACCUGCCUGCUGGCGGCGUCCUGGCGCGUCGCCUCGGCGGGGCAGCAGCGUCGCGACGCCCGGGCGGCCGAGGGAGGAGUGCUCGCGUCCGGCCUCGACGACUCGGACUUCGCCGACGUGCUCGACCAGAGCGAGCAGGAGCUGGACGAGAACGAGGCGGCGCGGCUCCAGAAGCUCGCCAGCCUGCUAAGCGUGCUGCGCAACACGCUGAGCGAGCGGCAGCAGGGGCAGCAGGGACAGCAGGGACAGGCGGGGUCCGGGGCGGCGGAGGACGAGGUCCAGCAGCUGUCGGGCCUCUACCCGGGUCUGCUGCCGCUGCUCAAGGACGAGGACAAGCGCGGCAGCUAUAUGUCGCUGUGCCACUUCAAGAUUUGCAACAUGGGUCGCAAGCGUAACCUGCGUUGGAACCCUUUCCUGCGCAUGUGAACACAGCUCUGUUCACGCGCCAAAUCGCUCAGAGCCAUCUGACGGGGACGUGCAGAAACAAUAAAAACUUAACAUUUCA